GGCGCGGAGGAGAGCGGCUUUUAAUCCUUCCCGGAUGUUGAAGGACGAACACAUGGGCCGAUGGGGAUUGCGGUAUCGUGCGGCGGCGGAAGGUUGAGAUUCCACGGCAAGAAGAAAGAGCAGUGGUCCAGGAUCGACCCCGUUGUGUUAAAUCGUUCAGAAGCCUCGGAGAUACUCAAUCGUGAAUGUCAAAAACCAGGAACUUAUCUACUUUAUGAAGAUGUCGAAAAGGAGAAGAUAUGUCUUGCCUUUAAAACUACCCAGGGCGAGGUGGUCCACUAUUCCAUCGUCCGAUUAAACGAUUUGUUCUACUUCAACGAUUUUCCCUUUCCUUACCUGGAAUCCAUCGUCCUCUACUACAAGAAGUACAAGUUCAAAGACACCAGACUAACGCAUCAGGCUGUUCUGAGUCCCCAAGUGAGGACUAGAAGAUCUAAGCGCAUUGCUGGUUACCUGAGGUUGGAUGCAGUGAAAGACUCUGAAAGAGAUUCCCACGCAUAAAAAACUUGUCAUGCAUGAAGAACAAAAUUACUGUUAGGGAACAUGCAUACUUUUACUUUUUUUAACGCAUUCUAUGCAUAUUUUAAUAGUUCAUUAACAAAUUCCAAUCAAAAUGUUGUUUUGAUAGGUAAUUAAGAAACAAAAGCAAAUAAUCCAAUCGUGUACGAAUGUUUUAACUGUUCGGACACAAAUUCGAAUCAUAAUGCUAUCUUAAUAAAUAAUCUGGACACAGAAGCAAAAAAAACAAAUCUUGUGUGAAUCUUUAAAUUGUUCAACAACAAAUUUAUAUCAAGAUGUUCUGACAGGUAAUGCAGACACAGAAGCAAAUAUUGCAAUCUUGUGUGAAUAUUUCAUAUGCCCAGCCACAAAUACAAAUCAAGACGAUGUCCUGAUAGGUAAUGCAGACACAGAAGCAAAUAUUCCAGUCUUGUGUGAAUGUGUCAAUUGUCCAGCCAUAAAUUCAGUUGAUGCUGACACAGAAGCAAAUAUUCUAGUCUUGUGUCAAUUGUCCAGCCAUAAAUUCAGUUGAUGCUGACACAGAAGCAAAUAUUCCAAUCUUGCGUAAAUCUUUCAUAUGUCCAGCCACAAAUACAAAUCAAUAUGAUGUCCUACUAGGUAACGUUGACACAGAAGAAAUUAUUCCGAUUUUGUGUGAAUUUCUUACAUUUCCAGCCACAAAUUCAACUCAAGAUGAUGUCCUGAUAGGUAAUGCAGACACAGAUGCAAAUAUUGCAAUCUUGUGUGAAUGUUCCAAUUGUCCAGCCACAAAUACAAAUCAAGAUGAUGUCCUGAUAGGUAACGUUGACACAGAAGCAAGUAUUACGAUUUUGUGUAAAUGUUUUACACGUCCGGCCGCAAGUUCAAGUAAAGAUGAUGUCCUGAUAGUUAAUGCUGACACAGAAGCAAAUAUUCAAUCUUGGGAUUUUUUUCCAAUUGUCCAGCCACAAAAUAAAAUCAAGAUGUUUUAAUAGGUUCUGCAGACACAGAAGCAAAUAAUUCAAUCAUGUAUGAGUGUUUCGACUGCUCUGCAGCAAAUUCAAAUCGAAGUGUUGUCUGAAUAAAUAAUGCACGAACAGAAACAAAUAAUCUAGAAAUAUAUGUUCUGAGUGAAUUAUACCCUCUCCCAUUGUUCAAAAUAUUGGCAUAUACUUUUAUAAUAGUAUUUUAUAAAUUUUAAAUUUCAAUUUGCGGGGAUUCAUUCCAAGACAGAGGACUGAAUUUUAUGUAAAGUACUACGGGUAUUUAGUGUUCGCAAAUCAUGUACAGUGUGUUAUGUACUGAAAUUGUGCAUCUUUUAUUGAAUUGUAUAAAAUAUUUGUAUUGAGUUAAAUUUAUUUUGUGUAAAUACUGGAUUUUAUAUAAAUUUUUUUGUAA